UCCCAGCCGCCCGCGUCUCUCCAUCCAUCCGCCCCUCCAUUCAUCCAUCCGUCCGCCCAUCCAUCCCUGCGGUGAUGCCCGCGGUGGCCGCCGCUGCCUGAAGGGCAGAGCCAUGUACCUCCUGGACAGCAGCGAGCCGCCGGCCGCCGCCUCCUCCCCCGAGAGGAUGCAGCGGGGCACCCCGCAGAGGAAGACGGUGUACCGCAUCUCCGUGACCAUGGUGAAGAAGGAGCUGCUGGGGCCGGAGAGCGGCCGCGCCGGCCCCGAGCUGCCCCGGCGCGGGAGGAGCCGCCCGCCCGGCUCCUCCAGCCUCACCAGGGCCGGGCUGCUGCUGCUGGAGGAGGAGGAGGACGAGGAGGAGGAGGGCGGCGAGGAGCGAGACAGGGUCCCGAGCCCCUGCGGCUUCCGCACCUUCCGGACGCUGAGCACGGGGCAGCUGGAGCUGGGCCGGCUCAAGGUGCCGCGGAGAGCGGGGCCGCCCGUGCCCGGGGGGCCGCCUGUGCCCGGGGGGCCGCCUGUGCCCGGGGGCCCGCGGGGCAGCGCCGCGCCCGGAGCAGCCGCGGCCGCAUCCCCCGGCGGGCAGCAGCAGCAGCAGGAGGAGGAGGGCGAGAAGGACGGGCGGCCCGGGGAGAAGGCGCCGGGGGAGCGGGGGCACAGCCCGCGGCGGCAGCCGGGGCUGCUGCGGCGGAGCUUCAGCUUCAGGCACUGGAGCGGCGCGGGGGAGCCGGCCCGGGUGCGGCGGCACAGCAGCUCCGGGAGCCUGCCCGGGCCGCCGCCGCCCUCCCCGCCCGCCGCGCUGCCCGCAGAGCCCCCCGAGAAGCGCAACACGCUGGACGUGGGCGAGGUGCUGAGCCAGGCGGACCCGCUGUCCCGGCUGGAGCGCUGGGAGCGCAGCAAGAGCAAGAACCGGACCCUGGAUAACAGCGACCUGCAGCGGCUCUCGGAGCGCCUGGGCCGGGAGGGCCCGGCCGCCGGCACCGAGCACCGGCUCCUGCGCUUCUUCAGCGGCAUCUUCGCCCGCAGGGACGGCCCCGCCGCGCUCUUCGGCAGCCCCCACGGCCGCUCCCCCCGCAGCAGCUUCUCCAGGUCCAGGGCUUACUUUAGCAGCCUCAGGAGAGCCGCCAUGGACAUGCAGUCCAGCUCCGAGAGCAUCAACGGGUCCCCCCACAAAGAUGCCUUUGUAAAUAGCCAGGAAUGGACACUGAGCCGAUCCGUACCGGAGCUGAAAGUGGGGAUCGUGGGUAACCUGGCCAGUGGCAAGUCCGCGCUCGUGCACCGGUACCUGACGGGCACCUACGUCCAGGAGGAGUCACCCGAAGAUAUGGAUGCAGGUGGGAGAUUCAAGAAGGAGAUAGUAGUUGAUGGACAAAGCUACCUGCUGCUGAUUAGAGAUGAAGGAGGCCCUCCGGAGGCUCAGUUUGCCAUGUGGGUGGAUGCUGUUAUCUUUGUCUUCAGCCUGGAGGAUGAAGUCAGCUUCCAGACCGUGUACCACUACUACAGCCGGAUGGCCAACUAUCGCAACACUAGUGAGAUCCCCAUGGUCCUGGUGGGAACACAGGAUGCCAUAAGCUCCACUAACCCCCGGGUCAUCGAUGAUGCCAGAGCCAGGAAGUUGUCAAAUGACCUCAAGAGAUGCACCUACUACGAGACCUGUGCCACGUACGGGCUCAACGUGGAGAGAGUCUUCCAUGACGUUGCUCAGAAGAUCGUGUCAACCAAGAAGAAGCAGCAGCUCUCGAUCGGACCCUGCAAAUCUCUGCCCAACUCUCCGAGCCACUCCUCCGUGUGUUCUGCCCAGGUCUCUGCCGUGCACAUCAGCCAGACCAGUAAUGGAGGAGGGAGUUUAAGUGAUUAUUCCUCCUCUGUCCCAUCAACUCCAAGCACCAGCCAGAAGGAGCUGCGGAUUGAUGUUCCUCCCACUGCCAACACUCCAACUCCUGUCCGUAAACAGUCCAAGCGUCGAUCCAACCUCUUCACGUCUCGGAAAGGGAGUGACCCAGACAAAGAGAAGAAGGUCCUGGAGAGCAGAACAGACAGCAUUGGAAGCGGCCGCGCAAUCCCAAUUAAACAGGGAAUGCUGCUGAAGAGGAGUGGCAAGUCUCUGAACAAGGAGUGGAAGAAGAAGUACGUGACGUUGUGUGACAACGGGGUGCUGACCUACCACCCGAGCUUACACGACUAUAUGCAGAACGUUCACGGGAAAGAAAUCGACUUGCUGAGAACCACUGUGAAGGUCCCUGGGAAGAGGCCACCCCGAGCCACAUCAGCCUGUGCACCCAUUUCCAGCCCCAAAACCAACGGCCUCUCCAAGGACAUGAGCAGUUUACACAUCUCGCCAAAUUCAGGGAACGUGACUACUAGCACAUCUGUGUCUCAGAUGGCCAGUGGGAUCAGUCUGGUGUCCUUCAACAGCCGCCCGGACGGGUUGCACCAGCGCUCCUACUCGGUCUCCAGUGCAGAUCAGUGGAGCGAGGCAACAGUCAUUGCAAACUCUGGCAUUAGCAGUGAUACGGGCCUAGGAGACUCUGUGUGUUCCAGCCCCAGCAUAUCCAGUACAACGAGCCCCAAGCUGGACCCCCCCCCUUCCCCUCACGCCAACAGAAAGAAGCACCGGCGGAAGAAAAGCACAAGCAACUUCAAAGCUGACGGGAUCUCGGGCACAGCUGAGGCCAAACGCAAAGCUUGGAAACUAAACCGUGUUGGUAGCCUGCGAAAUAUAUACAGCAGCAGCAGCACCAACACCGAAGAACAAGAAGAAAACUUUGAGUUUAUCAUCGUGUCUCUCACCGGCCAGACUUGGCACUUUGAAGCCACCACAUAUGAGGAAAGGGACGCCUGGGUCCAAGCCAUAGAGAGUCAGAUCUUGGCCAGUUUACAGUCGUGUGAGAGCAGCAAGAACAAGUCCCGCCUGACCAGUCAGAACGAGGCCAUGGCCCUGCAGUCCAUCAGGAACAUCAGAGGCAAUUCCCACUGCGUGGACUGUGAAGCACAGAACCCUGACUGGGCCAGCCUGAACCUGGGAGCCCUCAUCUGCAUCGAAUGCUCAGGUAUCCACCGCAACCUCGGCACGCACCUGUCCCGGGUGCGCUCCCUGGACCUGGACGACUGGCCCAUCGAGCUCAUCAAGGUGAUGUCGGCCAUCGGCAACGAGCUGGCCAACAGUGUGUGGGAGGAGAACAGCCAAGGCCACAUGAAGCCCUCCUCAGACUCCUCGAGGGAAGAAAAGGAGCUCUGGAUACGUGCGAAGUACGAACAGAAGCUCUUCCUUGCCCCGCUGCAGUGCCUGGAGCUUUCUCUGGGCCAGCAUCUCCUGAGGGCCACAGCCGAGGAGGACCUGCGGACGGUGAUCCUGCUCCUGGCCCACGGCACUCGGGAGGAGGUGAACGAGACCUGCGGAGACGGUGACGGGCGCACGGCCCUGCACCUGGCCUGUCGGAAAGGGAACGUGGUGUUGGUGCAGCUCCUCAUCUGGUACGGCGUGGACGUGAUGGCGCGCGACGCCCACGGGAACACGGCGCUGGCCUACGCCCGCCAGGCCUCCAGCCAGGAGUGCAUCGACGUGCUCCUGCAGUACGGCUGCCCCGACGAGCGCUUCGUCCUCAUGGCCACCCCCAACCUGUCCAGGAAGAACAACAACCGGAACAACAGCGGCGGCAGGAUGCCCACCAUCAUCUGAGGAGCUCCCCCGUGCAUUCGCUGAGUUACAUCCGCAGCCUCACAUCCCUCCAUCCCCAUCACAGCUCCGCUCUGUGAGUCUGGUAACUCUCCUUUUCCCUUUUCCCUUCGGUGCACCCCUGUCCCAUCUGGAACGCGGAGAGCGCGAGGGGAUGAGGAGGAGCCCGGGGGGCUGCCGGGAAGGCCGUUGUUUCAGUGACAGCUCUGGAAGGACGGGGACGAGCGGGCGAGGGCGCGUGGGUUGAGCGGGACACACCGCGCGCGUGGCACCGGGACCAUGGGAGCGCGGCCGCCCCGGAGCAGGGACACGGAGCAGGGACACGCGGCCUCCCCAGUGUGAGGGAAGGGCGGAGGGAGAGGCGAGCGAGAGGAGGAGGAAGGAGAGCCGGUGACUUCCCGUGACUGACAGUUAAGCACAUCAGUACAUUUCACCUCUGCCGAGCGCCGCGCCUGGAUUCCAUUCUCUUCUCUGAAGAGCUUGACGGCAUAAAUCAGAAGCAAGCACAGAGUUUGUCAGGUUUGAAGCUCCUAUGAUGGUAUGUGUCAAAUCAGUUGUAGCUAAUCUGUCCGGGGAGAAUACUGGCUUCAUUACACUUGUAUAGUUGAGUUCUUCCAGCAUUACCGCUGUUUAAUAGAACAUGAUUAGUCAUCACGGAGAAAAAAGCAUAUUAGCUGAGGAGGUAGUUACAUGGCACGCUUCGGUGAUUGCUUGGAUGUGAUUGCAAUAUUCUUAGAAGCAUCAUAUUAUCUCAGACAUGUUCUUUCAAGCCCUUGGAGCCCUCCUUUCUAAAUUCACUGUCAUAAUUUAGUAUCUGUUUAAUUUUUCAGUCCAAAGAGAGGAAAUGAGUUGCUGAGUGUUAUUUGACUGCAGUCUCCUUGGUGUAAAAACAAAAUGGAAAAAAUAAAUAAGAGUAACUCCGAAACACAAAAAGGAAUAAUGAAUAAGCGCUAUGGAAAAAAACAUUUCAAGUACAUUUAGUGAAAUUAAUAAACACAUUAAAGGCUAAUAUUUUUUUUUUCAGCCAGCAGAAAUAGGUUCUGUCAUUUUGCCAAGGUAAAUUGUGUUGAGUUUUUGGUCACUCCUGUGAUGCAUUGCAUAACUUAUACAGAUUUUUGUAUUGUGUCUCUAGAUUCUAUGUAUGUAAAAUCUAUUUGAAUUUUAAAAAAAACAUAAAUAUACAUUGGAUUUUUUUUUUGUACAGAAAAUGACAUCUCUGUUAAUUUAUAAACCGUAAUGGAUGUGAACUAAAUAAUGUGCAACUAGUUAGGAUCUGUGGGCUACAGGUCAUUGUACAUCAAUAAUAUUCCCAGCAGUGACUCUCGUUUCCAAAGCCUGUGAGGAACAUAUCAGGAGGAGAUCAGAGCACACUUGGCAUGGAAAAAAAAAAGUGUGUGAGACCUUUUAGAAAGGAAAAAGAGGCUGUUUCUUAGCGCUGUAAAUAUAUUUUAGCCCAGAAGUCAGGAAGCUUUCACAAGCCAAGACAAAAAGCCCUGUUGUGGCCGGGGGAAGAUCAGGUUUGAUUAAGCUCAGAAUUGAUAGCCUUCAGCGGGCAGGGCACGGCUGAGCUCCACUCCCAACCUGGCUGCUUUUGGCAAGAAAAAUGGCUUGUGAAAGUAGCCUGGACAGUUCAUUUGAAUCCCAGGUUUUAAUACUUGAUUGGAUUAUUUUGAUCUUACCAGGCAGAUCCCGGCUUCUGCUGUUUUCCCAGUAGUGGGAUUCCGGCGCAGGGAAGCAGCUUGCAGGGGUUUUGGCAGGCAGGAAAGUGAUUUUUUUUUUUUUUUUUUUUUUUUGAAGUGGCAUACGGCAGUGUGAAGAUGGGGGAAGGGUAUAUCACGGAGAGAGUUGAAAACUCAACUGAAUUCUGUGGCAAAGGAGCAAUUAUGUGAAGGCAGUGAGGUGCACACAGCAUGGUAAUUUGCAAAUCUACCUGCUCGGAUGUCUUUCCCAAGCCUUCGGUGGUGCUCUUCCUUGGGGCUCUGGAUUUCACUCAGCACACAGUGGCAGGAGCGUGGCAAUUGCCAAAUAAACUCCACGUGGAGAAAAAGUGAAGGGAAAAAAUGUAAUCUGGUUGUCUGAAGGAAAAAAAAAAAAACAAAACAGAAAAUUAUGGAUUUGAUGUAAAUUAUUAAAUUGCGGUAGAAAAACAAGCCUCAAGAUGGAAGCACAGGAAUAUUGACCAGUUUUUCCUCUUUGGAGGUGUCCUCCUUUUGUACUUUGUUACUAUAUAGACCUUUGAUGCUUUCUGGGGAGGGAAUCUUCCUUUGCCCGGCCUAGGCUGGCUGAGGCAGAGCAAGGACACAGCUGAAUCCCUUCAGACUGGGAUAAUUUUAAAUAUUCUUUUUUUUUUUUUUAAUUAAGGAAAGGUGUCUGUUGUAAUUGCUAUUUCUCCAUCAUUCCUGUGCAGCUCCCUGAUCUUUGGUACUCACGGGUGGUCCUUCGGCGACGGGACCACCCACCCAACGUGCAGCUGACAGGGGUGCUGUGAAGCCACUGCGUCUUGGUGCUCAUGAGCUUUAUAUCCCUGCAGGGAAACCCAGCAGGGAUUCGGGAAUGGCGAUCCCAGAGGUGCUAGAGCUGCCUGCUGUUCCCCUGGAGCAUCAAGGGCAUUUAUUUUGUAUCCGAAAACCAAGUCCAGCGUUUCAAACCCACGGAAGGCAGAUCUGCCGCCAUUGAGUUCUCAGUGCAUGUUCCAUUUCAGAGCUGGUUUUUUCCAAACUAAAGUUAUUUUCUGUACAUAAUUUAAUGCUCUCUUUGGGCCACCUCCCUCUUACAAAGCUGAGAGUGAUGUUUGGGAAACAAGGACAACCAGGCUGUCAUGCAGAUUUCGGGUAUAUCAGUUAUAUGCUCCUUUCGUAAAAAUUUUCCGAGGGCGACCCUUGAAAAAACACAGAAUGUUUUUAAGAAAGGAAAUUCCAGUGUAUUCCAGGAAAAAUUAGAUAUCCAGUCUAGCCAACUAAUAUUUUAAUUGAGCGGUAACACAGUUGUUUUUAACCUAAACGUAUUUUUCCCUUGGAGGUGUAAAAGUGUAACUAUGUUAGAGUGGUGUAGGAAUAUGUGAUGGCUUCCCCAGACACAUGGGGGUCUGCAGGGAGAAUUCCUGGUGGUGGAUGCGGUGGCAGCAGGAAAUCAUAGAAUAUCCUGAGUUGAAAGGGACCCGCUGGGUGAGAUCACCCAGCGCUGUCUCUCCAGGUCAGGAGACACCUUUCCUGCCACGACAGCUGGUGACACUCCACCACGGGAGGACAGACGAGGGUCUGUGCCUUGUGUUGGCACGGCAUCCCCCGUUCAAAUAGGUUUGGUUGGAAGGCUGGCAGGAGUGUUGUGGCACCUCCUGAGCUAGUGGGACACUUGGCAAGGAAGUCGGGCCAGCGUAGACUCCAUCCCCUUCUUGCACAAGGGGGGAGAGGAGGGGAAAGCCCUUCCCACCAGAGCUGAGAACAAGGAUGGAGGAAGCUCUCCUUGGCUGGAUCCCACUGGGGCUUGGCUUUGGGAGCUCCACGUGCUGUACAGGGAGUGUGUUUGCACUUUGCAGAGGAUGUUCUCAGAGCUAUCCAGGUGCAGAAUCAGGCAGUAUGUGCAGCACUUGGGGUCCUGCAGGGAUUGCCAUUCCUCCUGCUUUCACCCUGUUAACCCAGCCCUUUUCUGCUCGUGCUCUCGCCUUUAGCCCCUCAUUGCUUUCCUGGAACCCACUUGCCAGGCUGUUCACACCCUUUGAGCGUGUUAUGGACAAAUUACACCCAAAUUGCCACCCAGUCCGUAAGAAACCCCAGCAGAAACCUGUCAGCUGAAGCUGUUUUCUCGGCAGUGUGGUGUUCAUUGCAUCCCCCAUUUAACCCUUCCCAGCAUCCCAGAUACCUUUAAGUCCCCCUUCCUCUGCACUUUAUCCACAACAGCUAAAACACUAGAAGCGAGUCAGCUGUUGCUGUCACCAUCAGCACCUUCCUUCUAUUUUUAGCUAAUUGCUGUUGAAUGGUGGGGAUGAGUCGGAUGUGUCAUAUCUGGCAUCUGAACAUGGAUAUUGCUGAGGAGGGUUCACUUCUCGCUCUUUAUGAAGAAAUAAGAUCCAACCAGGGUCCUGCAGAGAUUUUGCCAAGGGCUCCCAUUACCAGAUUUCUAAUUUUAUUGGUAAAAGGGGGCAUUAAAAAAAAAUAUAUAUUUUGGAGAACUUGGUUAUGAACUAGGUGUGCUGCUUGGAAAGCCAGGCAAGCUCCUGGAAGGUGAGAGAGGAUUUUCGAGUGUUUGGGCAUAGUGUAUAAUAACCAUGUAAACAUUAAUAUUGUUUAAUUUGCCAUCUUGUCCCCGUUUCCCUAAAUUAUGUGUGUUAGUGCAAAAAGAAAAAAGCUUUAGCGGCACUUGGAGAUUUCCCUUGGCCAGAGGAAGCUGAGUCACGUAGGGAGAGGAGUAGAGGUGGGAAUGCAGAUACGGGCUUAGAAAUGAUCUCCAGCACUGUAAUGUAGUAUAAUUAGAUUAUAUGGGGUUGGAAUAGCUUCAUCUUUUAUAUUUGUAUGGAGAUCGGGAAAAAUGAAGUAAUUUGUAGUUUCUAGUAUAAAGUAGUAAUAGUGGAGACAAGCACAGAUUUCACAAGGGGGUCCCAAAGGGGCCCUUUCCAAACGUCUCGGGGAGCCGCCUUUGCACCUUAACAGGGAUGGUUAUUGGGUUUUGUUAGUUGGUCUCUGAUGAAAUGGUCCUUGUCAGUGGUGGGACUCAAGGGAAAGGAGGGGAGCAUUGAGGACCAAACCUGGGGCAGCUUGGCUGGGCAGGGGACAACUUGUCCAUCCUCAUCUCACAGUCAAGCAUCUUCCUCCCCCCUCCAGAGGCAGCUACAGCGAUUCCUGAGUGGGAUCUCCAGCUGCUGGUCUUGAAUCCUCAGUUACACAUCUUCCGUUCUUGGUGAUUUGUGGGUAAAAUUUGUUGCGUAGAAAACCCGUUUUUGGAUGUUAUUGUGUUUGCAGCACAGUAGGAGAAAAUAAAAACACUCCAGAUUAAAGUUCCUUCCGAGGUAGAAAAACACUAAACCACCCUAAAUUAAGAGGUUCUGCAGAGAGUUUUGAGUUCUGAAAUUCUGAACUGCCAAAAAGCAGAUUGGUUUGAAUGGUUUUAUUAGAAAAGAAUCUCCUGUUUGAAAAAAUAAUAGGGGUCAUAGAGCAAAACUUUCGAAGUUGUAGGUGGGUGUAUUUGUUGAUUUAGGAUGCUCUAGGAUUUGCUUUGUUGUUUGGUAUGGGCCAGUUUUUGGAGUAAGUAUCAGAUGGUCUCAUCUCAGGACAGUUUCCCUUGAGUUGACUGAAUCUGUCUCACACUUUAAAGGGAGGUUCAGAGGGUUUCAGCCAGGAUUUUUGGGAGCUGGGAAUAGUUCAUGUUUUGAGAGGGGAAUUGCAUGAUCUUUGAAAAUAAAAGGUUGUUUUGGAGGUUCUUUUAGAGCCAUCUUCAGCCCCAAAUCACCAAGCAUGUUUCUGGUCAUCUUGGCCCCAUGUUUCAUUUCAAGGUGACAGCAGUAUGUGGGUGAAUUAACUCCCAUCAUUUACCACUGUUCCUGGAAUGCUUGGGGAGGGGGGGGGAGUUCUGCUUGUGGAUGGAUAAAAUAAAAAUGUUUCAGUGCAUUUCAGCAGUUUUAACCUCUUCAUCUCUGUAUGUGUGCCCAUCUCCCAGAUCCCUGGGGCACAUUCCAGCGGUAGUGGUUGGUUCUGUUGGCAGGCAGAGCUUCAGCUUUCCCUUGGCCAUGAACUCCUGAAUGUGUGUUUAGCUUCCAGUAGUAAGGACUGACUGCUCUGCAGUGCUUCAGAGCUAGUGCUUUUUACCUGUGUGUUCUGUACAAAAUGUGAAGGGAGGGUGGGUGGGGGAUGCUUUCGGGGGUCUCACGGCAUGCGUUGCUUGCUGGCAGUGAAUGCACCAUCAGCUCCUUUGUGUACGCCCCGUUUCCCAGAACCCAUCGCUGUGGGUUUGUUGCUGUUUCUGAGAACUGAGGAAGCUGAAAACACUUCCCUGGUCCUCGUGAAUUACAAGGUACAGGGUGUAAAACCCCUCAAACAAACCAGGUCGCGUCUGGUCUGUGCUGAAGGAAAACCUCAAGCUCAUGCAGGACCCAGGAAGGGGUUUGGUGCUGAAUGGGCGUCGUUAUUUGGCAACUAGAUCCCAAAUGCAGGGAUUGAGUUGAGUGUGUGAAGUGCAGUCAAGGUGUUCUUUGCCCUAAGGUGAAGGUGGUCUGUCACUAACCACACUUGGUGUGUAUGUGUGUGCCUGGAUGUGCUCUCCACACUGCUGGUGGUUACUGUGGGAAUGUGGUGCACACAUCAGUCGCAAUCCAUGGCUGGAGCCACCUUUUCAGUCGGAUGUUUCUGAACAGGCAGAUUUCCCAGUUUGAGUCAGACCAGCCAUUCCCAAGAGCACAGAGGGCAGGAUGGGGGGCACCAACUGGAGAGAUGCAGGAAUGGGAGGUACAGGCUUAGUGCAGCUCAGGACUCACACAGAGACCUGCCUCAGAGGUUUUCCAGAAGUCCAGCUCCUUCAGACAGCAACACUGAACUUGAACUUGGUCACUAGGACUGGAGCAGGCCUCCUUGGCUGAGAGGAGAAAUCCCAGCUUGCCAGCCCUGGGGGUGGGAAACACCAGGGAAGGAGAUUAUGAAGUUGAAAAGGACAGUGUUGCAGCUCAGAGGCCCUUUUUUUAUAUAAAUUUGCUUGAAACUCAGCCUUCUGGCUGACUUUGAGCAUGGGACCUGCUGCCCUCCUGUGGGUGAGCCAGCGAUGCUUUGGGUCCUGCUGCUUUCUGGGGCCGUUGGGGAUGGCAGUGGGGAGAUGUUUCUGAUGGGCUGUCUCCGGCCCCAAGGGCAGCUGCUCCCUCCACAUGUUCUUGGCCUUGACUCUCUGGCCUCAAAACUUUGCCAUGUGGGAGCCACAAACCACAGCUGAAGCUCACUGAGGCUUUUGCCUGUGCUGAGUAGUCCAGGAACAGUAGUCCUGUCAGGGAGAAUCCGCAGGGAGAGAGAGGGCAGGUCUGGCAGGACAGGAAGGGGCUGUGGUAGGGACAUGGCUGUGUGUGUGGAAAUGAUGGGAGGGUCAUUCAUUUUCCCUUCCUUCUGUUACUUUGAAAUGCUGUUGAAGUCCCCUCCAAGCAUUUUUUCUGAGUAUCCAGAAAUUCAGCUGGAUUCUCCAUUGAAUCUGCUGAGCUCCUUUUGCUAAUCCAUGGGGGAAAUUAGACAUCCCCGUCCUCUGAAAGCACACGGCCCUUUGCUCUGUGGAAGUACCAAGUUUCCAGGGCUCCAGAUGCAUUCGGCCCAGCUCUCUUUUACCAUGUCAAUGUCAAGAGCACCUUUCACUUGUAGACACAUAGGUGGUGCACAAACUGAAGGGUUGUUUGGGUUAGGAGUGUCUUCUCGAACACCAGGGACUUGUUUUGUGUAAGUAUUGCCUUUGGACUUGGAUUGGAAUUGCCAGGAGCUUGACUGUGCAGCUCCUGCUGCCUUAAACCUCUCGGCUUCAGUGGGGUUUGAGCGUGUCCCAAAUGCCUUGCCCUUGUCUGAGGCAGAACAGCUCUGAGCUGGCAGAGUUAGGCUGUGUCCUGACCUCUCUGAAGGCAGAGUUUGGCCCCUGGUCCCAGCCAGGUCCUGGUUUGAGGUUCAAUCUAACGGGCACCUUUAUUUCGGGAAGCGGACACAUAAACUGUUCUCUUUUCCUUUAUUCCUUAAUAACCUGUGACUGCCUGCAGAGGCUGGAUUUUGCAUUCAGCCCCCAAGUCUUUCAGGUUUUUCUGCUUUAUGAUGUUUGUCUUUCCGGUCGGGAUGGGGACAAGGGAGCCCAGGUGAGUAGGGACACCCGAGACCUCUGCUUGGGGUAGGGGCAGGAGGUCCCUAGCACGUGGCAGGCUUUAGAGCAAGUUUGGGGUUGUUGUUUUAUUUUUGUUUUCUGUUUCUGUAAAUAAUAAUGUAUAAAUGAUGACAAGACAGUGUGGAAAUUCUAAAAAAAAAAAAAAAAAAAAAAGUCUUUUGUUGUUGUUUUUAUAUUACCUCAUUCAGCAAGUUUGUUUUACAAUGACUCAAUGAUGCUUUAUUUAUAUUGUUUGUACUGUAAUUAAACCAAUUGACAAACAUUUCACUUUGCUUGUUGUUUCCUAUGAUUUGGGUUUGAUUAAGUAUGCCAGUUUGUAUUAUGUUCCCCUUUCCUCUCUCUCUCUCUCUCCAACACAUUGAGAUUUUUUGUGUCAGCUGUACAGUAUUCUGAAUAAUUAAAAAAAAAUAAAAAAUAACAGAAAAAAAAACAACAAAGAA